GUAGCAAACUCGGUUUCUUGGCAAGAUGUUGUCUCAAAGUAGAAUGAAAUUUGCACUAAUUGUUAUUUGUUUGAUAAGUGUGCCAGUUAUAUUUAGUGAUGAAGUUGGCGUGGAUUAUGGGCAACCCUGCAACGAGACGACACCCUGCAAAAUAAAUCAUGGACUUUUCUGCAUACUUACUGAACCCGGUGGUACCGAGAAAAAAUGUGAUUGCGAGUAUCCAUCGGGAAUGGUGUAUUCCGAAAUACAAGGAAAAUGUGUGCUUCGAAUUGGUGAGCGAUGUCCGUUCGGAGCAGAAGGCCUUGACGCCUGCGCGGAUGGUGCAUUUUGUACCGAAAUUGAACGAUGCACCUGUCCCAAGGGGGAAACGGGCGAUGUCACAAACGGUAGAUGCGUCAAGGCCAAAGGCUUUAACGCUACUUGUCAUUCGAAUCAUGAGUGUGAUCUUGGUCAGGGGCUCACCUGUCAGAAUGUAACCUGCACUUGUCCUGAACACACUGUGUACGACCCACACAUCCGGUCGUGCAGGAUCAUUGAGGGACAAUCGUGCCAUCCAGUGCAUCCAUUACCAAACUUUGGCUUCGAUACGAACCAUUGGAUGCCGAUUUGCGACAAGGGUUCGGGAUGUGACCCCGGCUCAAAAACUUGUCAGCCUUGCUCCUCCGACCCCACGGGGGAAUGUUUCUGCCCAGAGGAGAUGUACAUGGACUACAUCGGCGAUGGCAAGUGCCACCCACAGAAAGGACUCGGGCAGGAGUGCAAUAUCUCGCGGGAAUGCUUAGAAACGAGAAGGUUACGUUGCGAGGAAGGAAAAUGUUCGUGCGAAGAAGGCACCGUGGAAAACUUGGAACCCUUUGAAGCCCAUAAUCCGGACGGAAUUAGUUAUCGGAGUACGUUAACGGUUUCGAGGGAAAUCUGUGUGGGAAAGGUGGGGGCAGCAUGUUCCAUUACAGUGAUCGGAUUCGACCGUACAUCACGGUCUCAUCCACAUCCUUCCAACACUUAUUGUCAUGAGGACGCAGAGUGUGUCGCAAACAAGUGUAAAUGCAAGCCCGAUACAAUUUUAUUGUCCGAUGGACUCUGCGGGAGAAACUAUGAUGAAGAAUGUUCCUUGCAAAAACAGUGUGCUGAUCAUUUCGUUUGUGGAACGAUUGAUGAUUCCGGUACUUUGAGAUGCCGCUGUCGAAACAAGGAUCACGAGUACUAUGACGAUUCCGCCACACCGCAAUGUCGAGGCAUGUGCCGACGUCUGACCUAUAUUGGAGAUUCUUGCCACCCAAAUGACACUAAAGCGUGCCCUAAGAAUGCUGAUUGCGUCCAAAACAAGACUAUGAAUUUGUGGCAAUGCGAAUGUAAAACUGGCUUCAUUUCAAGUUUAUCACGCCUCGAGUGUGAAAUUGGACACGGUUUUCCAUGCAACUACGAGAAAAGGAAGGAACGUUGUGAUAAAGUGGCCAAAUUGGAAUGCCUAAUUGUGAAACAGGCAAGUCAAAGUGGCGCCAAAAAUAAGAUUGAUAGAACCCAAGUCUGCAGUUGCCCCAAUACGGACCAUUCUUAUGAUGCGGAGAAGAGGAAAUGUAUUCCUGGAUGCGAACCGUCUGACGCGGACCCCAAUUGUGAUUCCGCCGCACUGAAAAAAUACCACGGAAGCGACUGGUGCACCGUGAAUAAUAAUGCGACAUUUUCGUAAUCGAAUUUCACUCAGCGAACAAAAUAUUUAAUAAGAGUAGGCGACCAGUUAAUAAAUAAGGGGCAAUUAGCAAUGUAUACAGAUAGAAUAUCAUUGUAGUCCAAUGGUAGGGCACUUGAGGCUUAAUCAAAAAGGUUCCGGCUCGGAAGGUGGUUUUCAUAUGUAUGUUUUGCAAAUAUUCCUCAUAGAUGCUAACUGGUCGGCAACAUUCAAUUCCUACGCGAAGUAGCUAGCAAAAAAACGACAUAAAACCGCAGUAACGUUGGACAUAAAUUAUUUCUAGUGUAUUAUUUACAUUAACCACUUAUCUAUAGAUAGCUAAUUACAGUAAAUAAAAUCUACGUUGCUUAAAA